AUGACAACUAAUUUAUCCAAAGAAGAUAUUCUGAAAGAACUUGAUGAAACCAUUAAAACAGAUUCAAAUGUUACAAUUAGUAUUACUAUCAGUCAAUCAUUAGAAUAUCUUGAUGUUACUAUUGAAAAUAUUAAUGGACAUUUAAAAAUAUCUAUUUGUCAUAAAUCAGCUUCAGAACCCUGUUUUCUACCUUAUGAAUCUGAUCAUCCAAGACACAUUCAUGCGAAUAUAAUUUAUACUGCAUUAGUGCAAGCUGCGCGUAGAUGUUCCAAUGUGGAAGAUUUUGAUAUGAAACGAUUAAGUACAAAAAUAAUAUUACGAGUUAACGAUUAUCCACCAAAAUUUAUACAACAUCAUAUAAAAAAAUUCUUUGUUAAAUAUAAUUCUAUGAGUGUAUGGACUGAAUUAAACAGUGAAGUCUAUCAACAACUACGUAAUAUGUUACUUUACAGACCAACAAAAAGAGAAAACAAAACACAAAUCUCGAGUCUUGGUCAAUUAAUUCGAAAAACGAAAAACUAUGAACAUAAAGAUCAAAUUUAUCUUCAUUACACAUCACAUUUCAAAAAUACACGACCAAUUCUUGGUACAAUAUUAAAUCGUACUUUACAAAGUCUUUUGAUACGCAAAUAG